GAAGCGAACGACGAGAAACCUCUCGACAAUUCGACAAUCGACAUUCUUUUUUCUCGCCAAACAUACUCGAUAAAAUCCAGUUAAAAAUGGCGAAGGAACGUUCUGGUCUCAUUGUUGGUUUGAAUAAGGGUCACAAAACCACCCCUAUCGAGACCAAGGCCCGCAUCAGCCGCAGCAAAGGCCGCAUUUCCAACCGCACCGCCUUUGUCCGCGAAAUCGUCAAGGAAGUCGCCGGUCUUGCCCCUUAUGAGCGCCGCGUUGUCGAAUUGUUGAGGAACUCCCAGGACAAGCGUGCCAGGAAGCUUGCGAAGAAGAGACUCGGUACAAUGGGCCGCGCCAAGGCCAAGGUCGACGAAAUGCAGAAGGUCAUCGCUGAAGCCCGACGAGCUGGUCACUAAAGGAAAUCAAAAAUUUUAUUUCUUUUUUCCUUUUCUUCAUGUGUUCAGUUUCGUUUAAUGUGCUUCCGGAAUAUAAAAAACAUGGCGCAAAUGCAAUGAUCGAUCGCAUUUUUAUUCUUCUCACAUUGAUCAUGUCAAACUGUUUGGCCGAGUCCGACCCUUUCUUCUCCGAAAACCCCUCAUGAGAUAAUCGAUUACGAUAUGAGGGUGAUUUUCAUGUUUUUUUUCUUUAUUACCGAACUCAUGGGUCUCUCAGAUGAUGUGGCAGGUUGGAAUAACGGAAGGGGAUGAUUGAACAGAUGGAUGGAUGAGGCGGGUGUGUCGAUGAUUUGAUGGUUGUGAUAUCCAGAUUUUUCCUGACCGAUCACGUUCUCAUUACACACAAUAACACAAUUAGAUGAAAUAUGAAGAUGAGAUGUCGGAC